ACACACACAAACGCGCACGCACACACACACAAAUAAACGCACACAGCCAUCGUUUUGGCGUCAAGCACAGACGCAAAACGUUUAGAUCAGGGUAUUUUGUUGGACGUUAAAACGCAUUCUUUGCGCUGUCGCUCCCCUCCAGCUAUCGGCUCGACCCUGGGAAAGAAACGCGAGGGCGAAAGCAAUAGAUGCGAUCUUUUAAAAAAUUCUACGUGUACCGCAUUGCCAUUGUAUCUUUCUCGUGUGUACCUACAUCAUCACCAGAACGUUCAGGCAUCAACUACCUGUUUGUCUAAGAGGAGGCGUCACGACGGCGUCAGUGAUGACGGAAGAGAAGACGACUCGGUAUCUCUCCCAGAUUGGAAGAUGCAGCGACGAGGGCAGAGCCAACUUCGAAAGCCUGGUCGAGAGCAUCACAUCGGCAACCGACGAAGACGUGGAGAGUGUCGGAAAAGACGCAAGAGCUCAGACCAGUCGAGCCAAGCAAGAAGCCGACGAUGCAAUACGCAAAAUUUCGAAAGAAAGAGACCAUCGCAUUCGGGACAUCCAUCAAAAGGCUGAACAGAAGAGCAAAUUGAUCCGUGAGAGAAAAGAGUCCUUGCUUGCUGAAAUCAACCGGCUCCGCGAGAGUUUCGAGAGCAGUAUGAAAGAGAGGAGAGGCCGGAUUGAGACCCAGGUCAAGAUGAGGUCAGGGGCAAAGGCCAGUCUGACCGCGGUUGAAGAAACCGAACCAUGCGAUACUUUGCAGAACAUUGCCAAGGACAGCCUCGAUUCAGUGCGUCAAAUCACGGCCUCGUGCAAGAAGAUCAAAUUCGCCAGGCAACAAAAUCAUUCCGAAGAGCUUGUAGGGAACUUGAAUGGAGUACAGCACUCAUGGGAGUUGGCACGCAGCACACCCAUACCCACAAAUAUCUCCUACCCAGAACUCCUGGCCAAAUCGAGAAGCAUCAGCAGUGUAAUUAUGACAAACGAGGUUCGAUCCGGGCUCUUUGAAAUAAACACCGAUACCGAACAAGCACGCACUAUCGUUGAGGACGCGCAUUUCGAUAUCUGCGAUUGCGCAUGCGCAUAUAACGACACACUCGUUGUAAGCGACUACAACAGCAAGACGAUUCAUAUUUAUGAUAUGGCCGGCGCGUCGGUGAAAUCGAUAAGUAUUCCAUCUGCUCGUGCUCGCGUGGCUGUUACGAAGGAUGGUCUAGUGCUAGUAGGGGAUGAACUGAACGGUAAGAUAUAUUUCCUUAAUCCAAGAAAUGGAAAAAUCAUCAGGACUCUACCGAUAGAGGGCAAGAAGAUCAACGGAAUCUACCAUAUGAGUCGAGGCUGGAUCGUGAUACAGACGGGCAUUACCACGAUCAGUGUCUAUGACGAGUUGGGAGUGCUAAGAGAAACAAUCCAAGAUGACGCGUGGAGUGAGCUGCGUUGCGCGGUGAGUCGUGACGUCAUCUACAUCAUGUAUAAGAAAAUGGACGACCCGACGACGUACGUAGGAAUGCGUUGCCCUAGCGGUCGCAUCGAGGUGAUCGUCCGAUGCAAGAUAUCGAAGUUCCUGCUAUCCGAGUUCAUUGUGACAUCAUCGGGGAAUGUCGCCAUCAACGGUGACAACGAGAUCUUGGUGUUCAACCAGGCACCCGGGUAUGAAACUGUUCUGAAACGGUUGAAGUAAAAGUUAAAUAAAGAGGGUAGAUUUUCAUUGCAAUAUCGAGGGCUUAUAGACCUCAAAAAUGAAAAUAAUAAAAUAAGAUAUCAUAUCGGUGGCAAUAUUGUAUAAAAUCUUACGAAUUUUUCAAAUACAUUCUGGAAACUAAAUGUUUGUAAUAAAAGUAAUGUGGAGUAGGUCUGUAUUGUUGCACGAAAUCAAUUAUUAUAACAAUCUAGAGUACACACAUUUGAUUCACUCUUCACUCAACCACCAUUUUGUUACUCUACAAUAAUUGGUAACUCUUUUUAACCAGGCCCAGAACAUAGCAUGUGCCAUUUACAUCUGAGCAUGGGAAUGUUGUGGCUUGCGGGGGAAGGGUUAUAUUUACUAUAAAAAAUAUGAGCUAAAUGCCCCUCUCAGAAAUGUGUGAGUUGGUCUACUGGCACGUUCACUUGGUCACUUAGCUCUCUAUCUUCGCCUACAAAUUGGCUCAGGUCUCCCAGAUCAAAACUGAGUCACGUCUUUCGGGUGGUGACGUUAAAGGUCGGUCCCCAGAUGUUUACACAAACAUCUUAUCAUCCCCUUCCGGUGUCCGCACUUGUUUAUAAAUGCGCGGACAGUUAAACUAUUCAAAGAUAAUUUUAAAACAUCGUCAAACGCAUUUUGGAAAAUGGGGUAUUUAUAAAUUUGCCAUGUUUACCAAACAUAACUAUAUUCAUAACUUUACAUUUUUUAUGUCCA